AUGUCCACAACUCAGACUCCUACGUAUACAAGUACUGACGUUGCCGCCGAACCAAAGGAAGCUGCUCAGCAUUCUACAAUGGCACUGUCUGAUGUAUCCAAUGAACCCAAGGUUCAGGGGAAACAGCUCAGCAGUGAAGCUGAGCAGCAAUUACCCAAAGGCCUGAACCUGGCGGUGAUUAUGCUGUCCCUGUACGCUACUAUGUUUCUUGUUGCAUUGGACCGAAUGAUUAUUGCAACAGCUGUGCCCCGCAUCACCGAGCAAUUCGACUCCCUGGACGAUAUCAGCUGA